CUUUUCCCAUAAUGCAACAGGCAACAAAGGGAGAGGAAGAGGCUACAGCCAAAGUGGCUAGCUAGCACAAAAAAAGGAAGAAAGGCUUUAAGCUUUUGUGAAACUUUGAGAGAUGUAUCUUUCGUUAAAUGGACUAAAACAGAGGAGGAGAAAACGAUGUCGGUCCUUUACGUGCACGAGAUGAGCACAGAUCACGAGCGGAACUUAUUAAUGUAUUGAAACAGUACUGUUCGUGUGAAGUUAGCUUAGCAUUUGGAAGCUAAUGCUAAAUGUCACUCGUCGUCAGAUUUCGUGCUUAAUUUCACCCAGAUUCAUGUUUUUAACAGGAUUACUUCUCUGUUUAAAGUGAUGAAAAGGGCAGUGGCGUUCACAUGAUUGACAUUUCCCAGUCACAUGGCAGGACUCUGCUGUUAGCAUCUAUCGGUCAGCACAUAGGACCGUCUUAUGCCUUCACCUUACGGGGUGUACAAGAAUGAAGAAGAUCACUCUCAAAACGAUCAGAAAGUCACUUAACAUAAAGGGCAAAGAAGAUGGGGAUUUUGUCAUGCUUCAGCAGCCAUCCUUAGCUGCGGAGUUCACGAAAGAUGACUCCCUUUUUGGAGGUUGCUACACCAAAGGACUGGUAAGUUGUGAUCUUAAUGGGGAGGACGAGAAGGGUCACAAGAACCGAUCCAAGAGCGAAAGUCUUAUGGGCACGCUCAAAAGAAGGCUGUCUGCAAAACAGAAAGCUAAGGUUAAAGGAGGCUCCUCUGCAGUGGGCUCCGGAGACGACGAUGACACCUUCUCGUCCUCGUCGGUCCCAAUAAGCUUCAGUGAGGCCAAAACCCAGCGACCUCUAAGAUCCUCGUCCCUCCGAAGCCAUCAUUACAGCCCUUCUCCGUGGCCUUUCCGGCCCGUCAACUCAGAGGAAGCUUGCAUCAAGAUGGAGGUAAAAGUAAAAGCCAUGGUCCACUCCCCUACUCCAAGCCCCUCCCUCAAUGGCAUCCAUAAGGAGUUCCAUGAUGUCCAAUUAGAAGGUCUGUUCCAAGACCAGAGGAGUGAAUCUCUGAAAGACAUGGCGACUCAAAGUGGCAACUUGCAUUUGAACAUUGAGGAUCACGUGCCUAUAGGUCUAACACCUCAGGACUACAUACAGUACACAAUGCCUUUGGAUGAUGGAAUGUACCCAGAUUCAUCCCAGUCUUUUUGUUUGGAUGGCUCCUCACCCAUGGAAGUUGUAGAUCAGGUGGAAUCUGAUUCGUUGCAUGCGGAUCGGGGCCAAGACAUUCACAAUCUAAUCCCACCAGACAUUCUUAUGGACCAGUCCAUACCUGGUACUCCAGCAAUGAUCCUAUCCAAUUCCAGAGCUGAUACACCUUUAUUUUCUCCCUCACUGUCACCUCUUUCUACCAAUGAAAUUCCAAGGACCCUUUCUGAUUUCAGUGGUGCAGAAUCUCAUGUCGUCGAAAGAGUGAGGCAUCACUUGAACUUUGACCCCAGUUCUGUCCCCGGUGUUAGCAGGGUGUACGAUUCUUUCCACAGUAGUGGACACAUGGUUGUAACGAGCCUUACGGAGGAACUUAAAAAACUGGCCAAGCAGGGUUGGUACUGGGGUCCUAUCACUCGAUGGGAAGCUGAGGAGAAGCUAGUGAACCUACCAGAUGGUUCAUUUUUGGUAAGGGACAGCUCAGAUGAUCGCUAUCUCCUCAGCUUGAGCUUUCGGUCACAGGGAAAGACUCUCCACACCAGGAUCGAACAUUCAAACGGCAGGUUCAGUUUUUACGAGCAGCCUGAUGUAGAAGGUCACACUUCCAUAGUAGAUCUUAUUGAACAUUCUAUAAAAGACUCGGAAAACGGUGCGUUCUGUUACUCCAGAUCCCGUCUGCCAGGAUCCGCCACGUAUCCUGUUCGGUUGACCAAUCCCGUCUCUCGGUUCAUGCAAGUGCGUUCGUUGCAAUACCUUUGCCGAUUUGUCAUUCGACAGUACACACGGAUAGAUCUAAUUCAGAAACUGCCUUUACCAAACAAAAUGAAGGAUUAUUUGCAGGAGAAACACUACUGAACUGAUUGUAGUGGGUGGCAUUCAGUAGUAAAUUGCACUUUUUGUUGAGUGAUACAUUCUUAAAACAGUUUACAUUUUUGGUGAUAAGGCGAUCAGUUGCAUAGGCUGGAUUUGUGUUGUUAGCAUUAGGCUGACUAUCUGUUCUUCCCACAAAAAAUGAGCUUUGAAGUUGUUGUUGUUCAGAUUCAGCGUUUCACAACUACUACCUUUUCCGACCUAUGGUAAGCCAAGCUUAAGAGACACCAUGCUUCAUGGCAUGUCUGAAUAAAUGCAUAGGCAUAAUGAUUACAUAAAUAUGUAUUGCAUUAAUAACUUUUAUCUUUUUUUGGGGGGUUAGACGUUAAUGUUAAGGAAAUCAUAUUGCUGUAGCCUUACAAGGAAUUUGGUUUGGAUUUGGUUGUUCUGUGCUGUAUUAAGGAAACAUGAUGUCAGCCAAAUUUUUUUGGCAGGUUUAUAUCGGUACUUUUAAUUAAACUUGCAAAAAUGCUGGAUGUCGAUUUUUGAUCGACACACAAUUUAAGUUUUUAAAGAAGAUUAGUUUAUUCAGAGUUAAUAUUUUAAAAUGAUUAAAUGUUUAAAGUUUAUCUUA